AUUGUUUGGACAAAUGGACCAAAACUAUGCCAACUCCUUUGAAGGUGGCCGUCAUUGGAGCCGGUCUCAGCGGGUUGAUCGCGGGUCGGGAGCUAGAACGAGAAUCCCAUGAAGUUGUAGUUUUUGAAAAAUCGCAUCGACUGGGUGGAGUGUGGGUCUAUGAUCCAAGGACCGAGUCAGAUUUACUUGGAAUUGAUCCGGAUAGAGAAAUUGUACAUGGCACGAUAUACAAAUCUUUACGAACGAAUAGCCCACGCCAAAUAAUGGGGUUCUCGGAUUAUAUGUUCGAAGGGAAAGAAUAUGGUGAUCCAAGGAUGUUUCCGGGGCACCAAGAGUUUUUAAGUUACUUGGAAGAUUUUGCAAAGAAAUUUGGAGUAACCAAACUCAUAAGGUUCAAUUCAGAGGUAACUAGAGUCGAAUUACUUGACUCGACGAAUGAGUUUGUCGUCGAGUGGAAGACAAAGGGGGUGAGUUCGAGCGAAGUGUUUGACGCGGUGGUUGUUUGUAAUGGUCACAACAGUCAACCUAGAGCUGCCUUGGACAUCCCAGGUAUACUUGAGUGGCCAAAGAAGCAAUUGCAUGCUCAUAACUAUCGAGUUCCAGAACCAUUUCAAGAUCAGGUUGUGGUUAUCAUCGGGAACGAAUCAAGUGCGUACGACAUAUCAAGAGAACUAUCAACCGUUGCCAAAGAAGUUCACCUGUCCUCUAGAUCACCAAAUGUUAAGGUCUCAAAACUAGAGAAAUACAAUAAUAUAUGGCAGCAUUCCAAGAUAGAUCGUGUUUUCAAAGAUGGCAUAGUUAAGUUUCAAGAUGAAGUCUCCAUUAAAGCAGAUGCAAUUAUUCAUUGCACUGGGUACGAGUUUUACAUUCCGUUUCUUAAAACACACGGCAUUGUAACCAUCGAAGACAAGUGUGUUUCGCCUACUUAUGGGAAUGUCUUCCCUCCGCAACUGGCCCCUAGACUGUCUUUCGUCGGAUUAUUUCACAAGGGUAUGACAUUCCUUCCAGCCGAACUGCAGUCGAAGUGGAUAGCUCGAGCAUUAUCCGGGAAGAUUUCAUUGCCUUCAGAAACCGAAAUGUUGGAUAACGUGGAACAAGUUUAUAGAGAAAUGGAAGAAAAGGGAAUCCCUAAGAGUUACACUCAUUCUCUAAAUUUUCAAAUGGAUUACAUGGAUUGGUUAUCAGAUCAGUUGGGAAUAACGCGACCUCCACAAAAGUUGAAGGACUUUUAUGCCCGUUUUAUAGAACGAUUUCUUUAUGAUCAUGAAGGGUUCCAGGAAACGUUUAAAGAGGAUUUAUUAAUCUGUGAUGAGAUGUGAAACGUUUGAAGAGGAUUUAUUAAUCUGUGAUGAGAUGUAGCUAGGUCAUUUUAUCGGAUUUAUUAAAAUUAAUUAAAAAUUGAAUUAUUUAUGUUUGAUAUUUUUAAUAAAUCAAUUUAAAAUUAAGCACCAGUGAUGUUUUUUAUAUUAUAUUUAACUUAUGUAUCCAUUGUAAGUGGAUUGUACUUAAAUUUAUAGUAAACCAUUGUUUUAAUUUUUAA